AUGGUCAUGCACCUUGGGAGCGACGUCUGUAGCCAUCCAGGCGUAGUUCACGGUGGUCUAUUGGCAACGCUGCUCGAUGAGAGUUUCGCAUGGUGUUGUUUCCCUCGCUUCCCAAAGAGAGUUGGGGUGACGGCAAACUUAAGUGUUGAUUAUCGGGCGCCAGCACUGGCCGACUCGUAUUUCCUUCUCAACGCGGAGAUUGUCAAGCUUGAGGGUCGCAAGGCUUGGCUGGAAGGCCGUAUUGAGACUUUGGAAGCUGGUGGCGCGGAUUCAACCUUGAUCGCGGAGGCUCAUGCACUUUUUGUAGAGCCAAAACAAGCUGACGUGAGUAGCCCCGUUGUGUAA